GGAAACUUCUUUCUAAUGGAGAGGUUUGGGAUUCAAAACCGAACUCUAGUUUCAUUCCUUCUUGUUCUGUUUCUCUUCAUCUCCUCUAACUGUUUUGUUUCGAACCAAACCGACAACGUUAAUGAAGGCUCUGGAUCCGAGCAAGAACGGGUUAGUGUCCGGGUCGGGUUGGUCUUGGAUUUGGGUUCCGUGGAUGGCAAGAUAGUGGGAAGCUCGGUUUCCUUGGCGCUUUCUGAUUUCUACGCAGUCAACAGUGAUUACAAAACAAGAGUCUCUCUCUCGGUCAGAAACUCUCAAAGAGAGCCUCUCCUUGCUCUAGCUUCUGCUGUUGAUCUGCUGCAAACUGUAGGAGUGGAAGCGAUUAUUGGUGGGAGUUCGCUGCAGGAAACGAAGCUUUUGGCGGAGAUUGGGGAGAAAGCUAGGGUUCCGGUGAUAUCACUUAACUCUCCGGUUUCAUUGUCAUUAAGAAAAUACAAUCAUUUGAUCAAAGCGACACAUGAUACUUCCUCCGAGGCAAAGGGUAUCACAGCUUUCAUCCAUGAGUUUGAUUGGAAGAGUGUUGCUCUUGUUUAUGAUGAUGAUGAAGAUGACUGGAGAGAGAGUAUGCAGCUCAUGGUGGACCAUUUCCAUGAGAACGGAGUUCAUAUACAGUCCAAGGUUGGUUUUACAGUCUCUUCAACCGAGGAGGUUAUGAUGGAUAGGCUAAGGAAGCUGAAGGACAUGGGAACAACUGUUUUUGUGGUGCACUUGUCUGAGCGUGUUGCAACUCAUCUCUUCCCAUGUGCUGAGAAAUUAGGGAUGAUGUCUGAAGGGUUUGCUUGGAUCCUCACUGCCAAAACCAUGAACAGCUUCCAUGGGAACAAUGGCGACGAAUAUGCAAAAGAAGCAAUGGAAGGUGUGGUUGGCUUCAAGACUUACAUUCCAAUGUCCAAAGAGCUUCAAAAUUUCACUUCAAGAUGGAGACAAUCACUUCCUGUUGAAGAAGAUGCUGGGUCUGAAAUAACUCGGUUGAGCAUCUUUGGCAUAUGGGCUCAUGAUGUAGCCUGGGCACUGGCGAGAGCAGCCGAGGUUACAAGGAUGCCAGAUGCAUCAUCAACUCUCUUUGACGCAAUCACUCAGUGUAGGUUCAAGGGUUUGAGUGGUAACUUCCAAAUCAAGGAUAAGAAUUUCUUGUCAGACAAGUUUGAGAUUGUGAACUUGAUUGGAUCAGGUGAGAGAAGGGUAGGCUUCUGGAGCUCUAAUGGUAGUUUCAGCAGUAGAAGACAUCUGUCUUCUUUUACUGAUAACAAGCUAGAGACCAUAAUCUGGCCCGGUGUGUCUUCUCAAAGUCCCAAAGGACACAAACUAGGAGAAAGCAAGAGAAAAACACUGAGGGUUUUGGUUACAUCUAGCAACAGAUUUCCAAAGCUGGUGAGUUGGAGGACUGAUCCAGUAACAAAAAAAAUAAUUGCUGAUGGGUUCUGUAUACAAGUCUUCAAUGCUUCCAUUAGGCGUUUCAACUAUGAUGUGGAGUACACACUUUGGACUGGUGGUCCUAACUACGACAAUCUUGCAUAUACACUUAGUAGCCAGAAAGACAAAUAUGAUAUGGCCGUGGGAGAUAUUACAAUCACUUCCAAUAGAUCGAGUUAUGUUGAUUUUACUAUACCAUUCACUGAACUGGGUCUUGGAAUGGUGGCACCAAAGCAGAGUGGAAUGUGGGUGUUCUUUCAACCUCUAACACCAGAUCUUUGGAUGACAAGUGCAGCUUUCUUUGUCUUGACAGGCAUUAUAGUUUGGUUGAUAGAAAAACCUGAAAACAAGGAGUUCCAGGGAUCUUGGUCUCAACAGAUUGGAGUUAUGCUUUCGUUUGGCUUCUCUACCCUUGUUUAUGCACACAGGGAGAAACUAAAACACAACUUAUCAAGAUUUGUGGUUACAGUUUGGGUAUUUGCAGUGCUCAUACUGACAACGAGUUACACUGCAACAUUGACAUCAAUGAUGACAGUGCAACAGAUACGAUUCAACUCCAAUAAAGACUUUAUAGGUCACCUUUCGGGCUCACUCAUAGCAAAUGCGAGCCUAGCUAGUACCAACAUCAAUGCAACGAAUGUCAGAGGCCUCAUUAACUCUACAGAUUAUGCAAAAGCCUUGUUGAACAACUCGGUCGCAUUCAUUAUCGACGAGUUGCCAUACCUCAAUGUCCUCCUUGGAGAGAAGCCUGAUCAUUUUCUCAUGGUCAAGCCACAAAUUACCACCAACGGUUUUGGAUUUAUGUUUCAAAAGGGUGACGAGUUGGUGCAUUUGGUGUCCAAAGAAAUCUCGGAGCUAAGGACAAAAGGGAAGCUUAACGAGAUGUCGAAAACAUGGUUUGAUAAUCGUUUGCCAUACAUAAUAGAUGAUACAUCAGAACCUAUAGACCUUUACAGGUUCCGCGGUUUGUUUAUGAUCACGGGAGGUUCUUCAGCUUUUGCUCUUGCAGUACUUCUCAUUAUAUGGAUACGUGAUAAAUGGGAAGAUCUUAUGAGUUCCAUCAACAUAUUUCUCUCGCGACGACUUGUACAUUUCAGGAUCUUCUUUGCAAGAACUAUCCAUCCUAGCCCCCUCGAUGACCUCUUUGUUGAGAAUGCAGUGCAGAUGGCUCAACUUAACAGAUAGAAAGAGAUUCAAAUAUAGCAAAAGGUCCAUACAAGUGAAGUGGAUGGUUUUGUUCUUGUGUGUAAUAGUACAAGUGAAGGUGGAUGGCUCCUGUUCUUGUGUGUUGUUGUGCCCAAGUCUUUUAGCUUACACAAUUGUUGCGAUGUUGUUCGUCUUUAACUCUGACCUAGAGCUUCACCAAGCUACCUUAGCCUUCUUUCUCCAGAAGUUGAUCCAGUUUGAUAUGAUUCUUGCUUGAUUCAAACCGGAUUAGGCCUGUAAAUAUAAAUGAUGUUUUGACCUUUAUUUGCUUGUAAGUUGCAGAUGUAAUAUAUUCUUGCUUGAUUCAA